AUGACCGUGGUGACACCAACACCAACGAUCCUCCUCUUCGGAGGCUACACGGAGCCGUGGCUCGAGUCGAUCGACCGCAUCCACGAGCAGGCCGGCAAAUGCGCCUGGCUGCGCCUCUUCCUCGACGAAGUGGCGGCGGUCGUGAGAGCGGAGACGCGGCACAUGCAUCCCAAGAUCCGGGACAGUCUGGGCGCUAGUGGUAUCUUUUCUAGCGUUCAGGAGGUCGCGGACUUGUACCGCGAUCAUGAUGACGAUGUUGGGUUUGUGCAGUGUAUCAUGUCCUACAUUGUCCGGGCUGUGAUUUUAUUAAGAUGGGUCCAUGAUUCCCCAGACGCCUUGAAAGCAAAUUCCAGGCCCGAGGGACUGGGUAUCUCGGGAGGUUUGAUCAACGCCGCGGUCCUGGCAAUAUCAGACGACUUCGAGUCGCUUCGCGAAGCCAGCGUUGUGACCGCCGGAUUCGUAUGUCGCUUGUGCGAAGUUGCCGGUCAGGUCUCACGAGCCGUGGAAGACGGCGGCAGCGGCAGCUCCUCCUCAUGGGGCUGUGCGGUCGUGGGCAUCACGCCCGAGAAGCUGGACGGCAUCCUCCACCAGAUCCAGGAGAGCAGCAAAGUCCCAAGCCUGAAGAGAGCGCGGGUGGGCAUCCGAGGAGACCACUGGGGCACCGUUGUCGGCCCUCCCUCGGUGCUCGACGCGUGUUUGAAGGACUCUAGGUUGGGAGAUGUUGCCACGCAGAGGCUCCCUAUCUACUCGAUGCAGCACAACCAUGAGCUUUCAGAAUCACAUCGCGGGUACAUUGCGGGACAAUCAGCCCUGCAUCCUAGGUCUGUUCAUCCGGGAUUCCGCAUUUGGGGCCUUCGGGCUGCCGAUGAAGACGACGAUACGGUUCCUCCCAUCUACGCAAAUUGGGGCCAGCUGCUUCUGAAUGUGGCAGACUAUGCUUUUUCAAGACCGGUUGACUUGGUGGACAUGGUGAAGAGGUUGAACAACCGUCUCGGCGCAGAGUCUUGUCAAGGCGUGCAACUCUUGGUAAUGGGUCCCACGUGGUUUGCCGGCUCUCUCACCAGCAAGCUGAAAGCCACGGGAAGACGAGUUUCGGUCGCUCAUCACACCGAGCUCGGGAGCGAGACUCAUAAACCGGUAUCGCAGGAAGUUGAAGACAGCUACGAAGGUCGUAUUGCCGUGGUAGGUAUGGCCGCACGUGCUCCUGAGUGUGACGACCUGGAGGAGUACUGGAAGAUCAUCGAAACAGGUCGCGAUGUUGCGCGCGAGAUCCCCCCAGGCCGGUUUGACGCCGACGAUCUUUUCCAAUCCAAGCAGAGCCCCAAGUGCGUGUCAACGUGCAAGCUGGGCUGCUUCCUCGACAAGCCGGGACACUACGACUCGCGCUUCUUCCGCGUCUCGCCGCGUGAGGCUCUCAUCAUGGACCCCGGCAGUCGGCUGUUCCAGAUGGCGUGCCACGAGGCUCUCGAGUCGGCAGGCUACUCAUGCGGCACAACAAAGGCGGUAGAUCCGAGUCGUAUCUCCGUCCUCUUCGGCCAGAGCAAUGUGGACGGAUAUGAGACGGCACACCAUGAAAAAGGCUGCGACGCAUACACACUACAAGCCCUCGCGAGACCGUUUGCGGGUGGCCGUGUCGCCUUCCACUAUGGCUGGGAGGGCGCGACAUAUUCCAUCGACCAAGCCUGCUCGACUUCACUGUCGCUAAUCCACCUGGCUUGCCGAGGUCUGCUGGCGGGCGACCACGACAUGGUGGUUGCCGGCGCCGCCAACGUGCUGGCCUCGCCACAUGGAUGGUGCCUCCUAAGCAAGGCCGGCGUUCUUUCGGACACCGGAAAUUGCCGGACCUUCCGGGAUGACGCUCAGGGGUACUGUCGCGGCGAAUUUGUCGGUGUCGUGGUGCUGAAGCGCCUCUCUGACGCCAUCGCCCAUAAUGAUCGUAUCCUCUCCGUUAUCCCCGGCUCAGCGCGCAACCAGGCCGGUAACUCAGCUUUCCUCACGCAGUCAGAUUCAGGGGCCGAGGAGCGUGUGUUGCGCCAGACGCUACGACAGGCGCGACUCAGCCCGCGGGAUAUUGCGUAUGCUGAGAUGCACGGUACUGCAACUCCUGUUGGCGACCCAUGUGAGAUGACAGCCGUCGCGAAUGUAUUGGGCCGUAGACGUAGGACGCCGGCCGGUGGUAAGGAGGAGGCCGACGGCGGAGAUGCAGACCAGCCCCUGACGAUUGGAUCUGUGAAAGCAAACAUCGGCCACAGCGAGGCGUCUUCUGGAGUUGCCUCGGUAAUCAAGGCCAUCCUCAUGUUCCAGAAACAGAUGCUGCCGCCCCAAGCUGGCAUGCCACACGCCCUCAACAAGCAGUUUCCAUCACUGGAAGAAAACAAGAUCAGAAUCUUGAGCAAGGCCGCCCCGUUCCGCCCCGAGAGUGGGAAGAGAAGGCGUGUUCUCAUCAAUAACUUCGACGCUGCGGGCGGGAACACGGCCUUGGUGGUGGAAGACUUCCAAGGCCCGGAUACAAAGACCGUAACCUCUGGCCCUGAAAAUGAUCCGCGAUCAGCACACGUUGUGGUGCUCUCGGCACACACAGCUGCAUCACAUCAAGCCAACAAAUCCCGGCUGGCAAAAUGGCUUGCUGCGAAUCCGUCCGUUCGUCUCGAGGACGUCGCCUACACGACCACGGCCCGAAGGGUCCACCAGCCUUCUUUCCGCUUCUCUUGUGCCGCGUCUUCAACGAAAGAACUUAUCCAGGCACUGGAGUCUGACUCAAAACCCACAACGACCAAGAAAUCGCCCGUCAUCUUUGUCUUCACCGGUCAGGGCUCACACUAUGCUGGCAUGGGCGCCGAGCUGUACCGCAGUAGCACAGUCUUCAGGGACACUGUGGACCUUUGCCAACACAUAUGCCAAGGAUUUGGAUUUCCCCCCUUUUUGGACAUCAUUACCGGGGCCGGAAGCGGAGCACGAGCCGGAGCCGGAAUCGGAGGUGGGGCCUGGAACACGGCGCAGACGCAGCUUGCCGUACUGGCACUGGAGAUCGGCCUCGCUACCUUCUGGUGGCGGUUGGGCGUUGAGCCUGACCUGGUCAUGGGACACUCUCUGGGCGAGUAUGCUGCCCUCCAUGUGGCCGGCGUGCUCUCGCUUGCUGAUGCACUCUACCUCGUCGGUUCUCGCGCCACCUUGGCCAUGCAGAAGUGCAACAGCCAAGGUGUCUGCGCCAUGCUGGCGGUCGCGGCAUCCGCAGACGUCGUGCGAGACCUUCUGAGGAAUCUGGAUAUUGAUGCGGACAAGUGCUCCGUCGCUUGCGUCAACAGUCCCAGCGCGUCGGUUGUGAGCGGGACAGUCGACGCCGUAGCACGGCUCCAGGGAGCGCUCAUGAAGCAGAAGACGCGCUCGAAGGUCCUCCCGCUGCCUUUCGGCUUCCAUUCCUUCCAGGUCGACGCCAUCAUAGACGACUUCAUGGCGCUCGCGUCUGGUCCCGGCAUCACCUACACACUGCCGCCAAAGGUGCCCGUAGCCUCGACGCUCCUAGCCUCUAUUUUGGACGGAGAUGCUGCUGCUGGAAGUCUCAAGUUCGGUCCUGAAUACCUUGCCAAGCAAGCUCGAAACCCCGUCGACUUUGUUGGCGCGCUCCAUGCUGUUAAGGCCAAGUUCAAGGACAGCAGCCCGGUCUGGCUCGAGAUCGGCCCGAGCCAGGUGUGCGGCGCAUUUGUUCAGGAGACUCUCUCGCCGCCGACUGGCCAUGUCGUGUCGACGUUGAAGGGUACCGGUUCAAGUCCUUGGGCGGGCAUCUCCGAGUGUCUGGCCAGCCUGUACGUGAACGGUUGUGAUCCGGACUGGCUCUUGCUCCACGCGCCAUUCGAGAAGAACCUCCAACUACUCACAUUGCCGUCGUAUUCCUGGGAUACCAAGGACUUUUGGAUUGCCUACAAGGAGAACAAGUUACUAGAUGGAUCUGCUGCUGGUGAUGAUGGUGCCCCGGGACAUCUGGCCCGCCAACAGCCCAUCAUAUCCACUUGUGCGCAGUACAUCGUGGACAAGACCAAAGACAAGGAUGGCAAGACCCGCGUCACCGUCGGCGCUUCCACUGCAGUCCCAGGACUCUUUGCCAUGAUGGAAGGUCACCGCAUGCAAGGCGUGGGUCUCUGCCCUGGCUCCGUCUUCAGUGAGGCCGCAUUCGUAGCAGCCAAGUGCGCACUCGAGCAUCACAACGGCCGGAAGAUGGACGACAACUUCAACAUCAUGGAACGCUUCAGUCUCCAGAGAGCCAACCUGCGACGUCCUCUCACGGCAAGCAUCGCCGGUCUGGAUGGUGAGCUUCACGCCACAGCUGUCAUUGAGUCGGAGGGUGUUAUCCAGGUCUCAUUCAAGGCGCUGUCUCGGUCAUCAGCACGCUCGUUCGACCUGGGCCGCUGCGAAGUCAUUGUCCGCAGCGGCAAUCAGCCCAACGCUGACUCGGACUCCUUCUAUAUCAGAGCGAGAAUGCUUGAGAUGCAGCGGUCUUGCAGCAGCAGACUGCCAGCAAGCAUCUUCUACGCUCUGUUCUCGCAUGCCGUCCAGUACGCAUCCGACAACUACCGUUGCAUCAGGGAGGCGUUCGUCUCAGACGACUUUUCGGAGGCGGUGGCCGAGGUUGUACCUGUUCGCGACCCCGCUGACGUGACUUUCGUGGCGGGAUCACCUUACUGCGGCGAAACCCUGGCACAUCUGACCGGCUUCCUUGUUAACUGCCAUCCUAGCCGGUUCUCCUCUCAGACGGGCGCGAGCUCGAGCUCCAUCAUGGAUAGCCUCGAACGGUUUGAGCAAAUGGCCAAGAUCGAGCCUGGCCGGUCUUACUGGACUUACGCGCGAGUCUCUGAGAGGGGAUCUGACUCGGCCGUCUGCGAGGUUGUCGUCUUUGACGAUGCUGACAAGUUGGUCAUGAGGACCUGGCGGAUGAGGUUCCAUGAGGUUCCCAACGCGGCUUUGCUGCAAAACUUAGCUCCCGGCGCAGAUGGGAGACAGCAACAGGACCAGGGCCGCUCAGUGAAGGUUGGUGGAGAUGCCGUGAAGGUGUUGCAGACGCCUCCGCCGGCAGAGAAUUCCGAUAAGAUGGUGACAGAGACGGAUAAUGAGACGAGAGUCGAGCAACCGUCUGUGUCCCGGGAUCAAGACCCGCGUCUUGACGAUGGUAGCAGCCAACAAACUCCUGGCCAGGCCAAGGCCGGCUUGCUUCCAGUCAUCCUCGACAGUAUUGCCGAAGAGACAGGCUUGGACACGACGGAGCUGACAGAGGAUGCCGCGCUGGCUGACCUGGGCGUGGACUCUAUCAUGGCCGUGGAGAUUUGUACGCGGGUAAAGGAGAAGUCAGAUUAUCCUCUGUCUCCGCUGUUCAUGUUGGAGUAUCCGACGAUAGGUCACCUUGUCCGCUCGUUUGGUACAAAAAAACCGCUAGAACAACCAGCGAAGCCGCAAGAGGAAGAAACACCAGAAGAGCAAGAAGAAGAGGAGGAACAACAAAAGGCAAAGACGACCACGGCCUCUGUUCAAACUGGUGACUCUACGGCCUCCGGAGGGACGCCUGUAGCCGAGCGCACGCCAGAUUCGUCUUCGUCUUCAUCGGUAGUUGAUGAAAAGACCACCAGCGACGAGCCUCUUCCAAAAGCCCGAAUCACCAUGCUACAAGGCCGUCCACAGGCCGGCAAGGGGCGCCUGUACUUGGUCUGUGAUGGUGGCGGUAGCAUCGCCACCUACAUCCAUCUGCUCCGCCGCCAGUUUCCCCUACCCGUCUACGGCAUCGACUCCCCCUUCCUGCGCUACCCGUCGCGAAUGACGACACAAGUUGGCAUUGUCGGCGUCGCCAAGAUCAUGGUUGAAGCCCUCAUCGAGACACAGCCCAAUGCUGGUCUCUCCGAAGCCGAAGAGGACUCGAUAGUCAUCAGCGGCUUCUCCGGCGGGUCUCUCUUCUGCUACGAAAUGUGCCGCCAGCUCCUUGCACAAGGGCGGCGCGUGGCCGGAAUCGUGAUACUGGACAUGCGCUGUCCUCUUCCCCCGCCGCCGCCAUCAGCAGCUGCUUGGUCGGACGAAGAGACUUGGCCUAUCUUCUUCACCACUUCAGGAGAGCACUUCAUCGGUAAUACGCCGGGGUUCGACAUCACGGAGCACCUGCGCGCCAUGUUCAUGUGCGUCCUGGAUUACCACCCGCCGUCCCUAGCAGACGCCGGACCAGUUCUUCGCAUUCCCGCCGCCGUCGUCUGGUGCAAGGGAGGCAUGGUGGGCCGUCUCAGGCGGCGCCGGCCUGAGCUCGUCGCCAAGCUCGCCGACAUGGGCUACCCUGUCGAGCCGUAUCCGGGGUUCAUGGAGAACCCGAAGCUGGGCGCCGUGGCGUGGAGCCUGCCGGACAAGAAUUCAGAAACGGACCUGGGCCCCGGUGGUUGGGAUAAGUAUGUAGGCGCCGGUAAGGACGGCGAGUUGGGCAAGAAUAUGGUGUGCUUGGCUAUUGAGGGGGACCAUCAUGACGCUAUUGCCCCUACGGGGGCGCAUCGCUUGGCGGAGUCGCUGGACAAGGGUGUCAGGUUUGUGCUUGGAAAGAAAGGCUCUUCAACUUAA